CUGCGGGCUGACAAUGAGAGCCCUCACCACGGCUAACUUGGAAAAGUGCAAGCUCCUUGGGGAUACACUGCUCUCUGGCGGGGUCUGGGUACGGAAACUCUCCUAAGCAUUACAGGAUUAUCGAUGCUUUUGGAACUGGACCCUGAAAAAUUGGAUGAAUGACAUAGCAGGAUUUUUUCUGCUCCAUCACUACAGCCUCUGAUUGGCUGCUUGAUUCCAGUCAACAAACAGACUAUAUUUCAAGACAAAUUCCUAUGGUUUUCUUUGAUUACCGACAGUUUGUAAACGGAUAAAUAUCAUCUAGAACAUUCCGGAAUUUAAAUCAAGGUGCCUAUGUGGAGCUACAGAUUCACAACAGCUACAUCAUGGCUGCAAUUCACGCUCUUCCAUUGUCCUCUGACCAGACUUCUGAACUCAGCAUUGCCCAAAGCCAUCCCAGUGGAAGUUCACCCAUAACAGAGAGCAUCAUGGGUAGUGUCAGCAGCCUCAUCUCUGGAAGACCGUAUCAUGACAAACAGUGCAAGGCGUCUGAAUUUAGCAAUAAGUGCCGCAAAACUGUUAACAUGCCAAACUUUUUUAAAUCGCAGGAUGGACUUUUAAAAAAUAAUUAUAGUUCCCAGGACCCUCUGUUCGGUGGGCUUCCUACAAAGAAGCCGUGUGCCACUACCUCUGGGACUAACGGAAAUUAUACCUAUGUCAAUGAUGACUUAAAAGAAGAAUGGCGUGAAGCCAGAGCUCCCAUCAGCCCCGGCAGUGAUGCUGAAGAUAUACGAGAUGAGCGGUCCAUCAAUGGGAAUAUAAGGGGACCGCCACCUAAACUUGUACCUGUCUCUGGAAAAUUAGAAAAGAACAUAGAGAAGACCUUGAUAAAGCCUACAGCUUUCAAACCUGUAGUGCCGAAAAAAAGGAACUCUUCACUUCAGUAUCUUGCCCAACGUAGUGGUGGCCCCAGUCUUUCUGAUAGCCAGGGCAGUUUAAAUCUUCUCUUCAAUGGAAAUUCUUUGGGGACCAAUGAGAAGCCCAACUCUUAUAGUUGUAGAAACAGCACACAAUCAAUGUCGGAUUCUGGUCGCAACUCAAUGUCUAGUCUUCCAACCUACAGCACAAACUGCAGCCACCAGAUGGAACCAGUCAGUAUUUCCAUGGGUCAUAUUAAUUUGGAUAAUCACAACAAUGUGUUUUCUGACCGAGCAGCUAGGGGAAAGACAAGGCCCUCGAAUUCCGACAGUGGACGUUCUUCAUCCAGUAAAAGCACCGGAUCUUUAAGUGGAAGAGGCAACCCAUCCUCAGAUAGUGGUUCAUGUGAUCGCUCCCCUAUUAAUGAAGAGAUCCUCAUUAGAGAGUUGGAAGACAAAUUAAAGGACAGGGAGUUAGAACUGCAACAGCUUAAGGAGAAUCUGGAUGAAAAUGAAGCUGCUAUUUGCCAGGUUUAUGAGGAAAAACAGAGGCGUUGCGAGCAUGAAAUGGAGGAUAUGCGUCAGGGCUGUGCUUUAAAGAUGAAGCAGGCUGCCCAGAAGGCGCAGCGGCUGCAGCAGGUUUUACAGCUUCAAAUCUUCCAGCUGCAGCAAGAAAAGAAAAAGCUACAGGAGGACUUUUCGCAGCUGCUGCAGGAAAGGGAACUAUUGGAGAAAAGGUGCGCUUCGUUUGAGAGAGAACAAACAGAACUCGGCCCACGUCUAGAGGAGACUAAAUGGGAGGUUUGUCAAAAAUCUGGUGAGAUAUCUCUACUGAAACAACAACUAAAAGAUGCUCAGGCUGAACUAGCGCACAAAGCAAAUGAGGUGAUAAUGCUUCGAUCUCAGCUUCGAGAGACUCAGUCUGACCUACAGGUCAGUGAGGAACAAGUGCAAGAACUUCAGGAUGCAGCGCACACAAAGACGCUAGAGUUGGAGGUCUGCGAGAAUGAACUUCAGCGAAAGAAGAACGAGGCAGAACUUCUCCGGGAAAAGGCCUGCAAAUUGGACCAAGAGGUGGCAAAUCUUAGGGAGGCAGCUGUAACCAAUUUGAGACAUGGAAUAUGCCACUGUCAGGACAAAGAGGAUCCUUUCUUGCUCUAUGAGAGCGAUGAGGCCAAAGCACAACGUCAAAAUGCAGAAACCCUCCAAGGAUUAAAGCAACAGGUUGAACGCUUUAGGGAGGAGUUGAUAUAUGAACGUCGUAGAAACGAGGAUCAAAUUGAACACUUUGAAGAUGAAAGACGGAUAUGGCAGGAGGAAAAAGAAAAGGUGAUUAGGUAUCAAAAGCAAUUACAGCACAAUUACAUACAGAUGUAUCGUCAGAACAGAGAACUGGAGCGGGACAUUAAGCAGCUCACAUUAGAACUUGAAGCUAGAGAACUUGAUGAAUUUGACUUACAUGGAGCUGAGAUCCAGUUUGAAGAAAUCACAGCUACAGAAAUCUAAAGCAAACUAUCGGAGAACUACCAUAUAUGCCUUUAUCUGGACUUUUCACAUUCCAGCUAUUGGUGUUACCAAAACGCACCCAAACCACAAAUGUUCUUCCAAAUUAUUAUUAUUGCAUUAAAUGUAUACUUAACAUAUGUCCUGUGUUGACAGGGGAAAUAAUAAUUGUACUGACUUAAAUAAAAAACUAAAUGCAAACCACUUUCUCAAGGGAAGAUUUGGUUGGUACAAGUUCAACCAAAAAUAUAUCCAGGAGCCAUAUACUUAGACAAUAUUAUAUAUGCUUUAAGGACCAAAUACUUUAGUGCUAAUUGGAUGAAGAUCCAUGUGAGACACAGGUUGGCAAACUGUCUCUUUUCCCACCUUCUCAUGUAAAGACAGUCAAAAUAAGCGCUACAUGAGUUUACCAUUCAUCAAAAUCUAGCAAUAUCUUUGUUUCAUAAGUUACAAGGCAGUUUUUUAUUUGCAGCUCAGUUAAUAUAUCUAUAGCUUUAAUACUUUUAUAUACUGCUGUUGAUUAAGGCUUUUGAACUGUCGUUGCAAUUUUUUUCCACAUACAAACUAACAUGUUCUAAGUCAAUGUAUGGUUGGAAUUCCAUUUGUAAAUAAUGUAAAAUAAGAUUUUCUUUUUUUUUCUCCAAAGCAAAAUGAUUGGUUUUUCUAUAAACUAUGAUGGCACCUUUUUAAAAUAUUCUUUAUGUUCUUUUACUGUUUGAGAAAAAAUAGUUGCUUUAAAUCUCAGGUAGACAAACCUGCUAAAGUACAAUCAGAAGAUACAAUGCUACAGUAUGCAGUACGUAGACUGUUAAGCUAAUUAGUGUAUCGUGUUCUCAAACUGUUUCCAUAAUGUAUACCAUGGAUGACCAACCGGUGACAUGCAUCCCUCUGUAUUCGUUUUUGCAGCCCUAUGGCCCCAGAAAAAAAUUAAAGGAAAAAUGUGUGCCCCUGGUGGGUGGGCAAAGUGGUCACAACUCAACAUAGUACCCCGGAGUAGACAACAACAGUGUAUAAUAUAGGAGGUAACCUUUUCUAAAUCUGGCCUUAUGCCUAUGGUCAUGAAGUAUUAUUUGUGCGUUUAACGGCCAUAAGUUUAUAUGGGCCCUUAAGAAUUCUAAAAUAUUUCUCUAUGGUCCUUGCGUUAGAAAGCUUGCCAUCACUGAUGUAUAUGAUAGAGCUGCAGAUAAGGGGACAUUAAAUGUUAUGAAAUAGUUGGCAACAAUAAAAUAUUUAGGGCCAGAUUACAAGUGGAGCGUUAAAUAUUGCUUUUGUGAAAGCGAUAUUAGCGCUCCACUGAGUAAUACCGGUAUUACAAGGUGACUGCUGGGUAGCAUUUCGCUCAUGAGAGCUCGCUUCCAUAGGCUCCAAUGGGAGUCUCGUUCUAAUGCCGUGAGAAACGCCAUAAGAACUAGUGCAGCGAAGGGGGUAAGUUGCGCAUAUACAUAUAUAUUUAUGUGUUAAUGUGUAUAUACCCAUAUUAACACAUAAAUCUAUAUGUAUAUAAGCAUAUACAAAUAUAUUUACAGGGAACAUACAAUUCCCAUGGACCCCAAUGUAAAGGCACUUUUCAGUGACGUUUUUUUUCUAGCACCCGGCAACUUUAGCCCCCCAAAAUUGCCUGGUGCAGUUAUUUAAUUAAAACAUAAAAAUGCUACCAUUUUUAUUUUUUAAUAAAAUAAACACCACUGUAUGUUGGGGGCAUUUGGGGCACAUUUAUAAAAUUAACCAGAGAUCUGAUCUCUGGUUAUAUUAAUAAGCGCUAAUUGCUACCGUGAGCUCGCUGUAGCAAUAACCAUCUACUUGUAAUGGCUGGUUAUUUAGCGUGUGCCCGCAAAUGGGCAAAUUUACCCGUUUGGCAGGCACUCGAAAAAUUAGCGCUCCGCUUGUAAUCUAGCCCUUAUUGUUAACAUUAGUACUUUUCUAAUCUGCCGUUUUUAAGAAACAUUUUGGUGCUCUGCUGCUGGUGUCUCCGACCAUCCUUAUAUCUGCUGGUUUUUAUUUUUGUAAAUCCAGAGGUUCUACCAAGUAGAAGACAACCAUCUGCUCCAAAUAUUUUAUCUCUGUACAUCCACUGUUUUUCACUCUGGUGUUCACUGAUAGGUUGAUUGAAGCUACCACGCAUGCGCAGUAGCACCGUCUCUGUUAUUAGGCUAGUAAAGAAUGGUUAGGAGCGAGCAGAACAGGGGGUUAAUCAGGGCCCCAACCUUUGAAGGUAAAAUUAAAAAACUACUUAAGGAGCUAUUGUAUAAAACAUUAAGUUAAAGCUGUUUGUAAAUUAAUUGUAAGUUAAACUAAAACAAAGGUUUGUUUCGCAUUGGCUGAUAGAAACAACUCCCACAAACAAACUUGGCUUAAUUCAGCACAUGAGUGACCAUGAAACAAGCACUGCAAAACAUUUUGAAUUACUGUCUUCUAGAAUGUAUAAAGAAUGGUUUUCAGUACCAUGUCCCAUUAACAUGGGUUGUUUGAGAGCUAAUAAACCUGGUUAUUUCAAGGAAUUAAUGGAAGCAAA